CCUGCUAUAGGUAUCCCUGCUUUCGACAGAGCCAUCGACGAUACUUUCAAGAUUCAAAUGUCAGAUAUCCAUCAACAACAACAGCAGCAGCAACAGCCAAACAUCCACCAAAAGAUGUUGCAACGUUCUCUUGGUGCGCACCCACAGUUGCAACACAACUUCGCAUCUCCUACAGAUAACAUGAUGUCUCCGUGCUCAAAGAAGCUGAACGACCAUAAGAACAGGUUCAUUGCCCAGUAUGUACAAUUUGUGUAUAUGGCCCUAAUGGGCUCUUCCAAAGUGGUUUCCUACUAACACAUACAACAGCUCCAAGGCCACGAAGCUGAACUUUGCCGAUUUGAAGUGAAGUUAUAACCCUUCUCUACCAAUGACGCCAUCUGCGUCCUACUUUUAUGAUACCAGUACUUAUACCAAAUUUGAAUGUGUAUAAAUAUAAUAAAAUUGAGAUUUUCCAUCCCCUGUAUUGAAAUGAAACCCCUCGUCACUAUGUGCAAGAUA